GCCCGUCGGACGAAAUUAGAUGGCUACGGUCUAGGCAUGCAAAGAAAAAAGCCCCAAAGUGCGCAACAUACAAUUGUACUAGUUUUUUCUGUGCUAACCCAAAUCGGAAAAACACGAGAAUGUGCAUUAUCUUGAGUAUGCAGUCAGUCUGCCAAAAGCCACACCACGCUGUCAAAAAAGGGAAAUGAACUGAAGUUCUUUGAAGGCACCAAUUGCAGCUGCAGUCUUCUAGCAUCACGCCGAACCACCACUUGAGGACCCAUAUACCGUUUGUGUGAUUAUACGUGCACGGCUUGGCUUUCAUUGCUGAAAUUGGUGGAUAGCCAUGGACACGAUAAUCGGGACAGGUCGCUGUAAUUUCAAAUGUUAUGAUCAAUAGUGUUGGUAAUAUGGAAAGCGAAAGCUGCAGCAGGGUGUGAGAGCAGGGUGGACAGCGUGAGGGCUGAUGGCGGUGAAGCAGAGAUGGUCUGGCUGUCAUGACUGCUCUCUUUUGGAUGCUCGCAUGGCUGCUUCAGGUCCUGCCAGCCAUGAGUGAACUCCCACAGCCUUUCAAUGUGACCCUGAACUCGAGCCAUUUCAUUCACAUACUCAAAUGGGAGCCUGGACCUGGGACACCCACAGGAGUCUACUACCAGGUCACAGUUAUCACAGAAAUGGGAAGUUACUGGGUGCCAGUGAUUGGCUGCGAGCUUGUCCAGCACCCACUGGUAUGCAACCUGACAAAGGCCUUCCCUGACCCGAACCAGGUGUACUUUACCAAGAUUAAAGCACUGCCUGAAGCACAGGGCUCAAAACCAGUCAUCCUCCCAGGAUUUAAACCCAUCAAAGACACUCAACUGGACCUGCCGCUGCUGACUGUGACACCAUGUGGAGAAGAUUUGUGUGUGGACCUACAGCCUCCCAUGGAGCACCUUAGGGAGAUCUAUGAUUCUAUGAAUUACAAACUCAGGAUUAAGAGCAACAAUGCAGACAAACCCCAGUUUAAGGACACCAACUCUCUGAGAAGAAAGAUUUUGAAGGAUCUGGCCUCUGGCAGACAGUACUGUGUGUCAGUCUGCUUCUCAGAAGGUCUGGUGUCUAGAGAGUCCAACUACAGCCAACCUGUUUGUGCUUCCACCCCUGGCCAAUAUACUGCAGACCCAUGGAUAUCAGCCACGUUGUGUUUGUUGGUGAUGUUUGGUGUGGUCGUUGGGGCCCUGCUGUUCUAUACUGGUUUCAUCUGUCGGAUAACGAGGCCACUGCCAUGGGUCCUGACAUCCAUCCAUCACAUAGAAGAGGUUCUAGUCAUUCCAUCCCGCAACACGUCGUCUUCUCUCUUGAAUGUUGAACCAACUCUGCCCUCUUCAGAUGAAAAGAAGAACAACCAAACAUCCGAUGAGAGCGAUGGGGAGACUAUAACUGAGAGCACCGGUGGGAGUAGAGGAGGAGAUUAUAAAAUGCUAUUGGGCAAUAACCUCCUCUCUUCCUCCUCUUCAUCUUCAUCAUCUUUGUCAGUUUCUAUGUCCCCAGAGCCUGAACUCUUGAUUUCAACAGACACACAUUCCAAUGCUGGACUGAACGAAGCACAGAGCACACACACUGCCUCCCGAUCUGAUUCUUUACCAAUGUCAGACACACUCAGUGGGACUGAAGGACGAAUCCUGCCAAAUCAGGAGGAGAAGAAGGUGCUGGAAGAGUGUGUCAACCAGGAUGUUAACCUACACACAUUAACCUUCGGCAUGCUUGGGCAGGAAGUGGAGGAGGUAGAGACAUCACAUAUUUAUUUGGGGGAGAUGGAGUCAGAGUCUUGCUCUGCUUCAGAGGAGUGUAGUACCAUUCCAACCCUGCCCCCACAAACUAGUGACACCAAGGAAGUUAUCAUAGAAUCUGUUUCCUGCUCUGUAGAUGAAGAGGAGGAGGAAGAGCACUGUGGAUAUAUGGGGCGUCCAUCUACAGAUGUCUUACAGAACUUAUUGUAGAAACCUUGGGGUUUUCUCCAAUAAUUUUCUUCUGUAGGUCUUUUUUUAAUAUUUUUUUACAAUUUUAUGAUGUGUUUAAAAACCAGUAUUCAAAAGACAGACUGUAAAAAACUGUAGCAGCACUGCUCUAGAUUCAUUUCCAUCCAUCUAGACACUGAAAACUGAUAUUCCGAUAAAUAAUUAUCAUUACAGGACCUACUCUUCUCAGAAGUAAGGUUUGUUGUGAUGAUUCUUAUUUUUCCAACAAAAAUUACAAAUUUCAGUUCAAGUUUAGAACAAUGUGCUUCCUGCAAAAACCACUCGUACAAACAUUUGUUCUUAAGUGGUACCUAUGAGUGAUAUAAGAGAACUUGUCACAUUACUGUAUUUUCUCAUAUUGCUUUGAUUUAGAAAUAUGUUCUUUGGCAUCUACCUAUAUGUCAAACCAUUCACUUUUUAUUUAUUUUACAGUACAGUGCUGCUCUGAUGAAAUGUUGUUCAUAUUUUCUAAUGUGUGUUUCUGACAGCAGGACUAGAAGCUCACAGUAGGAAAUUCUUACUUCAACUUGGGUGUUGUAUUUGUGAAACGUGCCCAUAAACAGAGCAGAACUGUUACUGGAUGUAAUUACUCUGAUCAUCCUGUUACAAACAGCUGGCAUUUAUAGAGUUAAAACAAACAGUUAAUGACAAGUCUAUGCUGCUAAGAGAGUUUGAAAAAAACAAAACAUAAGAGCGGCUUGGGAUGAAGGUAUGAUAAUAUACAAUAAUGUUGUUUCACCAGGCCCAUGCAUUGCUCUCUGUAUAGUUAACUGUACAUUAUAAAGCCUCAAACAUCAGUGCUUCUUCUGCAGCUCAACAGGCAGUCAAGUUACCUCUUUGUUUAGAGUCAGAGGAAAAGUUCCUAUUAAUACCAUUCUCCUCUGUAUUUGAUCUAAUUGUUAUUACAGCGCUGCUGCCAGAUACAUAAAAACACGCGAGCAGCCCAAACUCCUCGUCCUGUUGGACUGAUGCUGGUUGUUGGAUGCUUUUGGGGAAGAGAGAAAGUCAUUUAAGUAGAAGUAAUUAGAGAGAUGGCAGGUAAACUUAACAACGUUCUGUCAAUGUAUUGCACUUAAUAACACUGACACACACUGAACAGCUUAAAAGGCCGUGUUUUAACUGGAAACUGAAUUUGUGAAAAUAGCUUGGGCAAAAUAGCAGUUUGCAAAAAAAGCUCCACCUGAUAAGAACAGUAUGGCUUUUGAAUUUAUUUUAUUUAAUCUGUCUUUAUCAUAAUUUACUCUUUCAGCUCUGCUGAAUGAAACAAUUGACUGCUUUAUCAAAAUUAAUUUGGAUUAUUUUUUGUAAAUAUUGGAAAAAAUUGCAGUAGAUCAGUAAUUAAAACAUCUAUAAAAUGCAGCUCUGGUAACAUGCAAUUAAGUACUGUUUUGUAGAUUUCUGUUACAAACAGAAGUACUUGAAAGUAUUGUAUUGUAUUGAAAGCAUUUUUUCAUUUUUUCUGAUUUACUGUCAGCACAAUUAAGCUGUGAAACUCCAGUUAUUUAAAAUGGUUUUCAGCAGGAUGAUGGUAAAGGUUAUCAUCAAUUAUUAUUAUCAUGCAUUUAAAAAAAUCUUGUAAUUCUGUUUUUACCAGGCAAGGGGUGCUUAGGUUGUUAUGCAUAAUAUAUGUCUGCAUAGAAGUAUAAACCAUCAUGUUUGAAUAGUGACUGAGGAAAUAUUAGUGAAUUAUUGUUACACUGUAUCCACAGUAUAUGGUUACAUACAUGCCAGUCUGUUUUUAUGUUUGCCAUAUUUUCUUAACUUGUUAUGUUUAAUGUAGAUUAAUAUCAACAUUGCAAUUAUAUAAGUUACACAUUGUAUCAGGAUAUUUACAUGUAUUAUUGAAAGUUACAGUAUGCAACUAACUUUACAGUUUAAUUAUUUUCUUUAUAUUUUUUUAAACUCACUGUAAAAUCUUGCCAUGUAUAUAACUCAGUGUCAGGUUUUCCGAAAGACUCAUUACUCAUUACAUUUCACAUUUAAUAAAGAUACAUUUUAAAAAGCAA